UGCAGCGGGGCGGCGCCUGGCUCUUACAAACAUGGCUACCCCCAUGCACCGGCUGAUCGCUCGUAGGCAGGCUGAAGCAAACAAGCAGAAUGUGCGUUGUCAGAAGUGCCUCGAAAUGGGUCACUGGAGCUAUGAAUGUACUGGGAAAAGAAAAUAUCUGUACAGACCAUCCAGAACCGCUGAAUUAAAGCGAACAUUAAAGGAAAAAGAGGCGGCGAGACUGCUUUUAGGACAAAGUAGUGGCAGCAAUAUAACAGAAACAAAGAUGAGGAAGAAGAGAUCUAAAAGUGUCACCAGCUCCAGUAGCUCUAGCUCAAGCAGCAAUAGCUCAGAUAAUGACCCUUCUUCAGACAGUGAGGAUACCUCCAGUUCAUCCUCUUCCUCAGAGGACACAUCUUCCAGUUCUUCGUCCUCAUCGGAGAACUCCUCGUCUGACUCCUCAUCUGACUCUGAGUCAGAAUCUGAAACAAGCAGCAGCAGCAGUGGUACUACGAGUAGUAGCAGCAGCGAAGAUGAUAGUAGCUCAGAAGAUGAGCCACUUAGGAAGAAGCGAAAGAAUUAGUUGUGUCCAGAAGAUUUUAAAAGAAGUCUCUUUGUGGAGAAAAGCCUGAUUGUUCACCAACUUUGGUGCCCUUCUUCAAUUUCAAGUUUGUCUUUGUUGAUUUCAGUACUGUUAAGUUUUCACUAGAACUACAGAUUGCAAAUGAAAUGACUCCUUUUAUUAUUUUUUUGUUCUUUGACCAAGUAUCACUUGUUGGUACUCAAUCAACGUGGACACAAUACGGUCUACAGUCCAUCUGCCUCGGAGGAGAAUUUAAAAUGUACAUAGGUUGUCUGUGCAAAUAUAUAAAAAAAAAAAUAGUUUAACACAAGUUAACAGGGUGUAAAGGUUGUGUCCUCACAGCUGAAGAGUUCUGUAACGGCAGCUUUUGGGGAAUAUUUUUAUAGUGGUAUAUAAUAAGGUUGGAUUUAUCUAAUAACAUGCUAAAAUGGGAUACUGAAAGGUCAUGUCCACAGUGGCUCAGUGGUCUACAAUGUUAUAUUUUUAUGGAAAGAGCAACAUGGAAAAGGUCCAUACUUUUAGCUGUUCUGAUAGGUUGUUUUAUAUGUGCCAUUGAUUAUAAAGCUGAGUUUAAGUGUCAUUUUCAAAGUGCCAUGUCUGUAAAUAAAUAAGCCUGUGACUAAAUCCUGUAUUGCAGGCUACUACAGCACAAUAAGUAAUGUCACCUUGUACUAAAGGUUUGGUUAAUAAACAUUUGUCUUUUUUGCUAUUAUCGUUAUUGUAAUUGAAGCAAGAUGAUAUAUACCGUAUUAUGUUUUCCCUUUCUCAUUUAUGGGUUAUGUAACCCAUUUUGUCACAAUGAAAGAUACUGAGUAUUAUUUUAAAAUACAUUUUUCUUUUUUCAUAUGCCAUAUACAAUAUAAACAUGGAGCUUCUAAACUGACUGAUAAUCCUAAUAGUACAGGAUAAGUGUGAAAACAAGCAUUGUGCUGUUUAUUUAGUGCACCAUUAUUAUACAAUUGCUAUUUAGAAUGGCAUGCUUUAUGGAAUAAAUGGCCAGCAAAUA